AUGACUUUCGAUUACGGGGAGCCGUCAAAUGCUCCGAGCUACAAUCUGCAAUCCGAAAGCCGAGGAUUAAAUGGGUCGCACCAGAAUCAGUUUCCGAAGAUGGAAUUUCUUCCGGGAACACGUUUUCCUGGUGGCAAAAUCGGUCCUGGAGGCCAAAUGAUCCCGCAGCCAACUCCUCCACCGUAUAAUCUCCAGAAUAACCACUCAUCAUCAAGCCCUGGUUUCUCCCCCUCAAAUUUGGACACCACAGCGUUCAGCCGUCCUCCCAUUUCUGCCCCCGCAAAUCCUUACUCGAUGCAGAGCCAACUACCGCGCGUUCCCGACCCCUUGAUGGAGAACAACUACAAUAAUUUGAUGCAGAAUAACCUGCUUCCAGCACAUCUGCAUCAUCAUGCGCCGGGCGGGCAUCCUCUUCAACCCGCGUUCAAUGCUCAUCACCAGCACCCAGGGCAUCACCCAACUCCCCAUGCUCAUCCACUUCAACAUCCUCAUAAUAAUCGCUCCCUUCAAAAUCAAAACGGCGUCGGCCAGCUGUACAACUCGAUGAUGUAUGAUUACAGCGGCGCCGACUAUAACUACGUCCGCCCACCUCCCCAGCCACAACGACCCUCCUUCUUCAUGGAUGAAGACAUCCGAGAGCGACUCCUAAACCAACAGUUCCUUUGCCAACUUAGUCUCCAUGACAGUGGCGAGGAGCUGCGACUGCCACGAGAAGUCAAUACGUAUCACCUGACAGAAAAAGGAAGUAUCCUCACAAAUUCUUAUCACGAGCUGUAUCCACUGAAAAAAGAGCAAAAAUCAUCUACACUUCAUCCCAUGGUCACAUCAUUAUUCCGGGCGAAUAAUAGAGACGGCCUGCAAUACACCCUCAAACGAAUACACGCCUGUACAAGUGUUUCAAGGUCCGGGCAACAAACGAUAGAUAAGUGGAAGAGUAUUCGCCACGCAAAUAUUGUCCGUCUUCAUGAAGUUUUCACGACGAAAGCUUUCCAAGACAACUCAUUGGUGUUAAUCUACGAUUUUCAUCCAGCAGCAGAGUCGGCACUCGAUCUUUUCUUCCGACAAUCGCACCAUAUGGGCCCGAAGCACAAACCUCUCUUGAAAGAGAGUGUUAUUUGGUCCCUUAUCAUACAAAUUACUUCUGCUCUUAGAACGAUUCACGCGCAUGGACUUGCCUACCGAUGUCUGGAACUAUCGAAGAUAAUUUUUAUUGGCAAAAAACGAGUGAAACUAGCCGGAAUAGCAGUGACCGAUCUUCUCCAAGGAACUGGAGAGAGUCUAGCGAGGAAUCAGCAACGAGAUCUAACUAGCCUUGGCUACGUUAUUUUGUCUCUCACGUCAAAUAAUCUGAUCAAAGGGCAUCAUGAGCAAAUCGGAAAAUUACUAGACUUUGUGUCAAAGAAAUACUCCAAAGAUCUCCACUCCUUGAUCUCUCAACUCGUACUUAGCGGCGCUGGAAUGCCAAUGAACAGGAGGAUACGAAAUAUCAACGACUUGAUGCCACUCAUCGGAGCUCGCUUCUACACGAUGGUAGACGACGCUCUUGUGAGAGGAGACGAGAUUGAAAAUCAGCUUAGUUAUACGCUCGAAAAUGGUCGACUCUUCCGGCUGAUUUGCAAGCUUGGAGUAGCAGACCGCGGAGAAUACGGCCAGUACGAAACUGGCGAUCGCUAUUUGCUCAAACUCUUCAGAAACUAUUUAUUCCACCAAGUCGGCCCAAACGGCACUCCUUUCAUGGACCUUUUCCAUGUGAUCAACUGUCUGAACAAACUGGACUCGGCGAGCAGCGAGCGUUUUGUGAUGAAUUCGCGGGACAACGAAAACGUGCUCGUCGUGUCUUACGCCGACAUCCACCACGCACUUCAGAAAUGCUUCCAGGAGCAGCUCGACCACCCACCGUCCUGA